AUGGCACCGUGGACGCAGUACAUUUUUGACGUCAGCCAAGCGAUCGUGCAAGGCUCCAGGCUCGUCUUUACAACUGGACUGAGCCUUUUCCAAACCAGGAAAAGAAAAUCCAGACACUCAGUCAAAUCUGACCUUGAGUCCAAAACGUCCUGCUCCAAAAAAUCUACACUCGAAGGAGAAACACUGGACAGAACUAAGAGGACGAAGCUCCAAGAAGAAGACUGCACUCCUUCCAUCGCUCACAGCUUGGGUUGUGAACUGAGCGUGAGCAAAACUACCAAAAAAAGAAAAUCCACCGACGAGGGGUUCAAACCUGAGCCCAAAAAACCUCGUCCUGACGAAUCUGCCAAAGUGAGUGACUUUGCGCUGACAUACGAGGAGCAUGAGCAGCUCGGAGAGGGAGGAUUUGGGUCGGUGUUUGCCGGCGUCCGGAUCUCAGACCAACAGUCGGUGGCCAUUAAACACAUGAAGAGGGACAAUGUGGAAUUUUCUCUGGUGAGCAUUGAAAAUGAAGUGUUGACCGUCCCCUCUGAGGCCGUCCUGAUGAACAAAGCUGCUCCGGAUCGGCACUCGGUCGGACUGAACCCCUCGGUGACUCUGCUCGACUGGUACCUCCAGGAUGAAGGCCAGGAGGUGGUUCUGGUGAUGGAGAGACCCACCCCAUCCCAAGACCUGUUUGACUACCAUCAGGAGAAUGGCCCCCUGACAGAAGCUCACGCAAAGGAGCUGAUCCGUCAGGUGGUGAACGCGCUGCUGGACCUUGACUCAAAACAGAUUUUCCAUAGAGACAUUAAUAUGAAAAAUCUGCUGGUUCAGGCGACAGAGUCUGGCCCAAGGAUCAGGGUCAUAGACUUUGGCUGUGGCUGCGGCGCCCAAUCAGAGCCCUUCUACAGUUUCAAAGGAACACCAGAGUAUGCACCUCCUGAGGCCUAUGGGACUGAAGGAUACCGCGCUGCUCCUACCUCAGUGUGGCAGACGGGGGCGCUACUUCACGAACUGCUGCGCUCUAAGAGUGACAAAGGGUUCACCACAAGAGAUUUCAUGAAGGGUUUUCCAUACAUUUCCUUCUUGAGUCUGAGUGGUGUGUCCCAAGAGUGCAGUGACUUCUUGCGGGCCUGUCUGGCACUGGACCCCAACCAGAGGAUCCCUUUGGACCAGCUGAGCCACCAUCCCUGGUUGAGCCUGGUCUAA